AUGUACACAAUUUCGAGAAGGUGUAAACAUUGCGGCGAAUGUUGUGGUAAACUAGAAGAUGGUGUAUCAAUCAGCUGAUUCUAAAGUAUUAUUAGUGAGUUAACAGUACAAAUGAACGGCUUUAGUACGGGUGAAGAGGAUUCAAGAGGCCCAACAGAUCAAAUUUGUUGUUUAAUUGAUAAUAGUGAACGUUGUACAAAACCAGCUGGAAACGCAUCGUAUAGUAAGAAGAUUCAAAAGACUGCCAUUCAAAGGAGGUUAAAUUUCGGCUUAGACAGUAACGCUAGACACAACUAUAUUUGUGACUACCACAAGAUGAUAAUUCAGUGUGCUAGAACUAAAAGGAGAAGAAAAGACUCAGAAGAUGAUUCAAAUGAAACGGACACAGAUGUCCCGGAAGUAGAUCUCUUUCAAUUACAAGUAAACACCUUAAGAAGGUACAAAAGACAUUAUAAGGUGCCAAUGCGACAAGGUCUCAAUAAAGCCCAACUUGCAGAUGUAAGUACUAAUUUUCUUCAAGUAUAUUCAUCAAUUUCUUAUAUUUUUUUAAUUUGUUUAUCAUUUAUGCAUUGCAAUUGUUUGAUUUUAAAAGUUAUUUAUCAUUUGUUAUACCAAAUAUUCAUAUUGUCUUACUGUUUAAUACUUGGAUCUUUUUUCUGUUUUGUGUGUAAAGUUAAAAACCUUCGUUUGUACUCUUUUUUUUCUUUAAUUUGUGUCUAUUUAAGACAUUUCAUUGUUGUUAAUUGUAGAAUUGUUCUAGUACGACAUUUUUUUACACUUCCAACAAAAAUUAGUACAUAAUUUGUUAUUUUGCUAAAAUAUUUUAUGAAAGAAUUUGGGCUUGUUUUAUUUUAUUUCGUCUAAGUACAUAAUGGCUCUGUAACUUGAUUAAAACUUCAAAAUGCACUUUAAAACUUUUGACCAAAUCAUAAUUCCACCCGUAAAAAUGGUGCUGCAGCUAUUGUGUUAAUUGCAGAAGGCUUCUUACAAUUACAAGUGGCGAGAUCCCUAUUUUUGGUGCAUUAAGGACUUUCCAAUGAAGACAUCAAAAUCUAGGUCCGUGGGAAUAUAAUUGUUGGAAUUCAACACUUACUUCACCUCUCCAAUAUUUUGUAUGGUUUUAUCAACAUGAAAUAAGCAAGGAUGCAUACCAAAUUUUGCAUUUAGCUGCAUACAACCAAGGUACUGAUGAUAAAUUGGGGUAAAACGAAAUGGUGGCUGUUUUAAACUUGAAAUCACCCAUUUUACUCCUUCUUUUCUUGUUUAUUCAAAUAUUGUUAGAAUUAUCUAUCAAAUAACCUCUAUUUGAAUCUAUAGAAAGACUAAAAUGGCAUUCAAAAUUUGCCCAGAUUCUGUAAUGAACUUUUUUCAUGGCCCUUAGUGGGUGUAUACAAUGUAAUUUGUUAUAAAUCUUCUUCAGAGCCCAAGUGACUGCAUUUAUUUGGGUUUUAGUGUUGGUUUGGACCGACUUGGGUUGUUUGAUUUGUUUUUUCUGAAUUUUUUCUCCAUUCUUGAAACUAUAUGGAGACUAAAAUAGGGGAAAAACUUGACGGAUAAGCUUUAUCGAUUUUGGUUAAAAGAAGUUUUCUUUUUGCCAAUGUCCUAAUUGUUUAUUGGUCAAAUUAAUUUUUUAGGGAUCGAUAAACAAAAAUUUUUUGUUAAAUGUUUAUUUUGAACUAUUUUUUCCUCAUUUUUUUUUUUUGAAAUUACACCCUAUAUGGAGGGAAAACAAGUCUUUUGAUUUACUUCAAAUUCCUCACUGUUUAUUGUCAAAAUUUAUUUUUCAGGGAUCCAAAAAUAAAAAAUUGUGUUAAAAUGUUUAUUUUCAACUGUUUUCAUCAUUUUUUGUACCACAUAGUAAAUUUUUUUAGACGUUAAUGAAGCACUUCAAAACGAUUUCCGUGAAAGAAAAAGAAGUUGUGACUUUUUUUAUCUACACCGUGAAAACCAACGCCAAUAAACUGGACCAGAAAAAUGGCAUUAACAACGAUACCACAUAAAGUAUACGUGCAAUUGGGUGGAAAGUAAUAAUGAUAAUAAUAUUUAAAACAAAAAUUUAAUGUAGUAUAUUUAAGUAUAAUAUAUUUUGCAAUUUUAAAAUGUUUUCUAUAAAAUAAAAAAUAAUACAAA